UCCGCGAGAGCGAGUCGCGCAGCACGCACAGUGCGCGCUCGGCAUUCGCCGACGAAAGACAGCGUCUCGCCCGAUACAGCAGCACGCGCUCCCGAUAGCGGUCGCGUCGACGUUUGUUUGUGUUCGAACGAGAGUGCGGCUCGCCUAGGCUGGUGCGCGCACCAAGAUGAGCGCUCGAGGCAAGCAAGGCGACGACGCCGCGUACGAGUUCGGAUACAUGCGCAAGCCCGACGAUAGGACCAAGCGCCAGGUCAUUCGCGACUGGAUUUACGAUCCGCGCAAGGGCACCGUUCUCGGUCGCACCGCCAAGCAAUGGGGCAUCGUGGGACUAUUCUACUUGACGUUCUACAGCGCGCUGGCGGCACUGUGCGCCAUUUGUUUUUGCGGACUCAUGGCGACGAUAGAUCCCAAACGACCGACUUACACCCUGAGCAGGAGCCUCAUAGGCACGAAUCCAGGACUCGGAUUUCGGCCGAUUUCCAACGAUACCUCGGAGAGGUCGCUGAUCUGGUACGACGCGAAGAACGCGACGCAAAUCAAUAAGUGGACGGCCCUGUUGGAUGAUUUUUUGAUAGGCUAUUGGAACAAAUCGGCAUUGGCGAAAGGCGGUAGAACUCAGAUGCCAUGCGACUACAAUCAGCUGCCACACGGCGGUAAGGUAUGCGACGUCGAUUUCACGAAGUACGGCGAUUGUCGGCCCGGGACGGAUUAUGGCUACAGCAGCUCCCAGCCGUGCGUCUUCAUCAAACUCAAUAGGAUAUUCGACUGGAUCCCGGAUUACUACAACGACACCGAGGAUUUGCCCCAAGAAAUGCCCGAGGACUUGAAAACUCAUAUAAAAACCCUGAGAAAUCAGCCAGAAAAGUUGAACACCGUAUGGGUGUCGUGUAAGGGCGAAGAUCCACGCGCCAGGGAAACAAUACGAAAGCCCAAAGACAAGGACCAUCCUGUCCCUGCUACCGACAAGAUUACAGGCGAUCUGCUUUAUUAUCCGGAGACCCGUGGCUUUCCCGGAUACUAUUUUCCUUACACGCAUCAACUGGAAUACGUAAGCCCGAUCGUAGCCGUGCAAUUCGUGCGGCCGGAAGGAUCCGAAGUGAUUAGAGUGGAGUGUCGGGCUUGGGCCAAGAACAUCCAUUACAGGUCCAAAAAAGGAGAGAAAAAUGGCGCCAUUCACUUUGAACUCAUGGUUGAUUAACGAUUAAUUUAUACGUAGCCGAACGUCGCCUGCACGUAACCGAUCGCUGUCAACCGAAUUGCGCGAUGCUGAUUCCAACGGCUCUCUACUUUACUAUUGAUGUUCUCAGUACAAUCAUAAUCCCAAUGAUUAUAGUGAUACUUUACUCGCGUACUACGGAGGGAACAAUUUUAACCUGGAACAAACUUUCAUUUUGACAAAGAACUUUUGCGAACGAGAGCGCUUCAUAUGUUUACUACGCAAGUCAAUUAAACGAUGCCUGUUGGGAUCGAUAGUGUUCCAUCCCAAAACGUAUUCCCUUAAAAAUUAUAUUAACAAUAAUUAAGCUUCCAUGAAAGCUCCAAAGGCUAAACUGGUGCGAGUUUCCAAGCUUUACGGGCUUGAGCUUUCGAAUGCAAAAUUUUUAAUUUCAAAUGCAUAUUGUGGGCAAACACUCAUAAAGAUCUAACGGAAUGUACAACUUAAAUACUUGUCAACAUCGUCAAGAUUAAUGAAACUGUCUUUGUACAAUUUACGUGCCGAUUAGUGAUAGCCACAUAAUUAUUCGUAUGGUAACACAGUAAAAUUUUAAACAAAAUAUUAACAUUUAAAAAUUUUAAAAUAGUCAACUCGACUGCUACUUCCUUACAGAUCUGCUUAAGUUAUUCAUCAAUUUAUAAAAACAAUCAUUUGUUCAUGUAAUACGUAAUAAUACAUUAGCUAACUAGUGCGAGAAAGUAGAUUCUUGUUUCGUGUGAGGUUUACGCCCGAGCGAGUCGAGGCUGGAAAGGACGAGAAUCUCUUUCCCAAAUGUAUUAGGUACGCUGUUAUUAAAAAGUAGUUUUAUACUUAAGUAAGAAGUGGCAUAAAUCUGGCUUCUAUUUCAUUGUUUUACGUGCAGAAUUAUGUUUGUGGAUGCAUGUGUAAAAUUCGUUUAAUUUUUGUAGUUGAGUCAUUCAUAAGUAUAUUCAUACAUACAUACAUAAAUAUACACACACGCGCGCGCGCGCGUAUAUAUUGAUAUACUUACAUAUAAAUUAUCAUGUAUUUAGAUUUUAAGUAGAAUGUAAAACAUUUUACACCUCAAAAAUGCUGCGUGUCAAAGAAAUCUCAUACUUUAUUUUUUAAACCGUCAUUUCAUAGAUAAGCUCGGGUUAACAAAAAUUAUAUCUAUUCUAAUAGAAGUACAAAUGUUUACGUGUUACGUGAGUUUGUUAAGAUGCAAUCGAUUCAAACUUAUCGGACGAUCUUACCUACGUAAUGUUUUGAUAAGUUUUACUUAAAUUAUUGAAAAUAAAAAUUAUAAAGUUUAUUGUCGUGAAUGUCAGUGUUAAGACAAACAAAGUACAUUAAAAAUUAUCAAAUAAUUAUUCAACUUGGAGUAUUCUAUCGUACUUAAUCGUAAAGUAUUAAAAAAAUGCGAUGUUAUAAUUGACCGGAUUGGGCGUUAUCAGUACUUGUUUAUAGCACAUAUCAAUUUUGCUGCUCAAAUAUAACUCGAACUUUUUUUCAUGUGCUUACUAAUGUAACUAUUGUUACUACGCUGGAUUCGUAGUAUAAGAUACGAAUUGUACAUAUAGAUAAGCUUCUAACUAUAUCGUUCAUAGUGUAAGAAAAUAUAUCCCAUGUUAGUAUAUAAUUUUGUAAUGAAUGAAUGUAGAAUGUUUCGGAUAAAAUGAUUUUUUUGUAUAAGCGUAUAGAUGGAAUGGGAAUUGUCUUAACAUGAAUAUAAAUAACAUUGUGAUGCAUACAACUAUAUAAAGAAUAAUUUACCUGGAUAAAUA